CAUCACCUCAUAACUCUCCCCCUUCCCUUCUCCAUCAAUUUUCAAAUCUUCUCCAUAAAAGUAUCGUUUUGCAAUGAAGAUCACCAAAUCCUCUACCGGCGGCGACUCACAAGCAGCGCUUCACCAUCUAACCAAACCCAUCGACUCCUCCCCUCUCUACGAACCCACCUCCGUUCUUGACCCUCACAUCACUUCAAGUCCUUCCGCCGCAGCAGCAGCCGCCCCGGCCAGUGGCGGUGCAUGCCCAGCGCCUUCCCUUCCCUGGGACUCCGCCUCCAUCCCCCUGGCCCUCACUUCAUCCGCCUCCGACGACUGGUCCGAUCCCCUUUCCUUUCUCCUCGCAGACAUGGACGACCCCUGCUCCUUCUUCCCCGACCUCUCCCACCCUACACCACCACCGCCGGAGGCGGAAAGCUCCCACCUUGACCUCCUCCUCCGCGCCGCACACGCCGUCGAGAUCGGAGACCUCAAUUCCUCCCUUUCGAUAUUGGCUCGGCUCAAUUUCAUCCUCCCCUGUUCCACCGGCUCCCCUCUCCACCGCGCCGCCUUCCACUUCAAAGACGCCCUACUCUCCCUCCUCCCCAUCGCCGACCGCCCCAUCCCGGAACCCCCUCUCUCUGCCAUCGAACUCGUCCUCCGCAUCGCCGCUCACAAAGCCUUCUCAGAUCUCUCCCCCAUCCCGCAAUUUACCUCUUUCACCGCCAACCAAACCCUCCUCGAAUCCGUCGACGCCGCCCCUUCCCUCCACCUAAUUGACUUCGACCUUGGUCUUGGCGGCCAGUGGUCCUCCUUCGCACACGAUCUCGCUGCCCGCUCCCGCGCCGCCCGUCUCCCUCCUCCCCCUCUCCGAAUCACCGCCGUCGUCUCCGAAGAGACCGCCGAGACCGCCCUCGCCGCCGACAAUCUUCGCGACUUCGCUCGUGGGAUCGGUCUCCGAUUAACGGUCGAAUUCGUCCGUCUCAGCGCUCUCGCUGGAGUCCGGCUGGCCCCCGGCGAGGCGGUGGCGGUCGUUCUUACGCCGACCAUCUUCCGGCUGAUCGGUGUCUCCGUCCUGCGGUUCGUGCGGCGGGUUGCGGCACGGGUGGUGUUGGUCGUUGAUGGGGAGGGGUACUGCGGCAGCGUGGGAUCAUUCCGGCGGAGGUUCGCCGGAGGAUUGGAGUACUACGCGGCUGCGAUGGAGGUCGUGGACGCUUGGGCGGCGGCCGCGGGGGCAGGUGAGGAGGCCGUGAGGAGAAUCGAAAGGGCGCUGUUCAGGCCCAGAAUUUUCGCUGCGGUGGCGGCGGCAGCAGCGGCGGUGGGAGAUUGGAGGGAAGUGAUGGCUUCGGCGGGGAUGGUGGUGGCGGAGCUGAGUGAGUUCACGGAGUCCCAGGCGGAGUGGUUGCUGAGGCGGGCGCCGGUGGAGGGGUUCCACGUGGCUAGGAGGGAGGGAGCCUUGGUACUGAGCUGGAAGGGAAGGGAGCUGUCUGCCACAUCGGCAUGGCGGUGCCGCUGACUCUGAGUUUUGAAGAAUGGAUUGCUGAUUUUAGCUUGUUAUUAUCUCCAUGAAAUUUUCUCCGUAUAAUUACUUCUUACCUUAUUUUUA